UAAUUUGGCAGGUUAUGUACUCAUUCCUAGAUCGGCUCAUUAACUUGGGGCUUCCUAGGACUAGGGAUUUCCAAGGUUUAAACCCUAAUAGAUUUUAUGGACAUGGAAACUACAGUAUUGGAAUUCGUGAACAGAGUGUGUUCCCUGAGAUCAGGUUUGAUGCACUUGAUAAACCCAGAGGAAUGGACAUUUGCAUCGCUACAACGGCCAAGUCUGAUAAGGAAGGCCUGAAGCUAUUGGUCCUAAUGGGUAUGCCUUUUAGAGAAGGUGGUGGUGGUGCUGCUGUGCAGCCCAACAACGCAAGAAGAAGCUCAAGUCUCACCACUUUGAUAAGAAGGGUGGCAAGGGUGCACGGAAAUGAGAGCUUUCUCCUGCUAAAGGGCAAAAGGAACUUUGAACCAUUUUGUUUUUAAUUUCAUGGCAUCAUUUUAUGAAGAAAUUCCAUAAAGAUUGAUGUUAAAUUCAGGCAAUUUGGUUGUAUUACAUUAUUGCAUAGGUAGUUCCA